UCUGUGCGACAUGACUGUGUAAAAAAGCGCCAAUCAGCACCUGCGACCUCUCCUGUCCGUGGAUGUUUUGUUUUUUCUCCCAGCAACACAAUUAUUUCUAGCAAAACAUCAGCUUGAUUCACCAGAAGAGCAGAAAUGUUGUCGCGGUUUUCUGCGCUGUUGCUGACCCGAAGAGGAGCCGCUGUAAGGUUGACAUCUUCACUGGCUGGUGAAAACAAUCUUCCUUCUAAUUUGCUGCUGCCUGCCAACCUGGUGGAUCCUUCCAGACCAAAGCGACCGCCUCCCCCGCCAGACUCCCCCCUGCCUCUGCUGAGGUCAUGUGACGUAGACGUUCCCGCCCACCGGACCCCCGUGCGCAUGUGGGUGGACACUCUGGACAGGCGGGACCAGGAGGCGCUGGGCGUGGCUGAGCUCCAUCCCGACGUCUUCGCCGUUCCUCCUAGACUCGACAUCAUCCACAGUAUAGAAAUGUGGCAGAGAAAUUACAAACGCAUCGACUACGCCAAGACCAAGGUGAGGUCUGAGGUGAGAGGCGGCGGUCGCAAACCUUGGAAGCAGAAAGGAAGCGGGCGAGCUCGCCAUGGCAGCAUCCGCUCGCCAAUAUGGAGAGGAGGGGGCGUGUCUCACGGACCCCGCGGCCCCACCAGCUUCUACUACAUGCCGCCCAUCAAGGUGCGCGUGUUGGGCCUGAAGGUGGCGCUCAGCUCCAAGGUGGCCCAGGGUUACCUGCACAUCGUGGACUCUCUGGACAUCCUCAGUCCAGACUCUCAGGACCUGCUGGACGCCAUCAGACACAAAGGCUGGGGGGAGUCGGUGCUGGUCGUAAACGAAAAUGAAGAUUUUCCCGCCAAUAUCCUGGACGCCACGGCAACGCUCAGAGGUGUCAAUCUUAUUCCAGCCAUCGGUCUGAACGUGCACAGCAUGUUGAAGCAUGAAGCCUUGGUCCUCACCACGGCCACACUUGACUUCCUGGAGAAGAAGCUGCUGUGGCACGACCAGCGCUACACCCCCCUCUACCCCUUCAAACUGCCAUACUCUGACUACCCGUAGUGUGAGAUAAAAACAUUUAUUAAUAAAAAUAAUACUAAUAUGAACAUU